AUGGCGCGUGGAAAAGCUAUGAUGAAGAAAACGAGUGAAGGAAAAGAAAAUGAAAAUUCAUGUGAUCCAAAUAUCAACAGCAAUGAUGUUGAUACAAGAAGUAUAAUAUCAUGUGUGUCUAUAUUUAAUUUGUAGAUGAUUUAUUAAUUUAGAUAAUUUAACUG